AUGUACACGACUGGAGGAAGUGAGAAACCCAAAAUACUGCAGCAUGGUGCCUUUACUCACGCUGUUCCUUUUAAGGAGGAGAAAUUCCACAGACAUGUGAGUGAUUCCAUUGCAAACAACUACAGCCUUGGAGCCAGACACUUCUCAGCACAUUCCAUCUACAAACUUACUAGUAUCAAUGAGAAUUCUGAGCUAUGUCAGCAACAGAAUGCAGCUGGAUUAUUAUAUCCAAAACCUCCUUUCCAGGAUCUACGAAUUGUCAAGAAUAAGAAUGCGCAGCAUAAAUUGAGCAAGAGAAAAGCUCCUGGGUCCUGGAAUGAAGACCACAGCGACUUUUUCAGCAAUGCAGCAACCCGGGGAACUGAAUGCCAGUCAGAAAACAGUGUAUCAUCCAAUUGCAUGCCUGCCUUUGAUCUUGGACUGAGAAACUCAGAACCUCUCCCUCCAAUCCAGAAGCAAAUAAAUACUAAGGAGAAGAGACAUCCCUCGAUUCAGUGCACAGACACUCUGAGACAGAAAAACGAAGGCGACUGUCAUUAUAAGAGCACUAAUGAACCUGUUUGGAUUGCAGACUGCAGCAAAUACCUGUCUGCCCAUAGGAGUUUGCCAGUUCUUCCAACAUCAUCAGACAAUGCAGAGAGCUUUGGCUUACACAGGCCACUGUCUUUAUCUCCAGACAAAGCCAGUCAUUCUUUCAGCACACCUGCAACAGAACAGCACAGAGAACUGGAGGGGACUAAACACUCCACUCAGCCUAAAACCUAUUCAGUCUCUGCAAAUACAUGCAAGAAGACAGACAAGAAAUAUCUUGGUUGUGCUGCAGAGGACUGGAGAGAUUAUGGUGCAACUACCAGGGCAGUUAUUAAUGUGGUUUUCCCUCCACCAACCUUCUCCACACAUGGCCUCUCCAGAGCAGCUACGCCUAGUGAAGGGAACCUACAGAGAUAUUACAGGCUUAUUGAAGAUUCCAUCGACCCUUGUAUGGUGUCUCCACUUAGUGUAAAAUGGCUUCAGGGAAUCUAUUCAUACAUACCGGCAGAACUUUGCAAGGUGAGGAGCAAAUCCCUUCAGGGUUUAACAAAGGAGGUAGAGGAAAACUAUACAUAUGCUAUAAAGAAGUCCAUCUUAGAUUACAUAUUACUGGAUCCAAUGGAACAACAGAGGCUUGGAAUUGAAAUACCUGAAAAGAUGUCGAACAGGACAGGACGGGACCAAUUUCCAUGGCAUGAAAGUGUCAAUGUAGCACGUGUCAAACUGAUCAGUGGUUUACACAUCACUCAUCCUGUUAUGUCCAAAGUUCUGCUCCACUUCUAUACAAAUUACUCAACAUUUAGACUGGUUGAUAUUGCCGGUCUCCUGCAAUUGGUACCCUUGAUGUUGGAUGAGUUUUUUGCUCACAUGAGCUGUGUUGUCAGAACACAGUCUGAACUGUUGAAAGAAACAUGGCUGAAAGAUUGCUGUGAAAUUGUGAACCAAAACAGAGAAAACAUAGAAUCUGUUAUGUCAGAAGAUGAGGGGUUACGAAGAAAGAAGAUGGAUCAUUUGUUUUCCAGCUUGGCGACACUAAUGUCCAAUCUUCAAAGACAUAUAGUAGAGGCCUCUCUCACUGACCUAGUGGAAAUGAUUGAAACCUAUAACAGAGGCAAUCUGUAUGAAGGAAAUUAUCCAUCUGACGAUCUUUGGCUCCCAGUGAAACCUCAUCUUAUUUUACUACAUAUGAAACCUUUCUUAAAAGAAUCAGAUGUCAGAUUUAAUCCAUCUGUUGAAAAGAUUGUCUGUUGCUUUGACAAAAUAGUGGAAAGUUUAGUUAUCAGUGUCCAGCAGAUGCCAAGGAUUGAGAAUUUUCUUUUCCAGGCUGUAGAUAAUCUGAAAAUCAAAUACAUCGGUUCAGUACAAAUCCAUGAAGAGAUUGUCCUGUCAGCCAAGGCACGAAUAAAGGCUGUGAUUGAAAACAACAUGCAUGGUCCAAACAGAUAUGCCAUUGUGUACAACCCAUUUCUGCACCUACUCUCACCUGUUACUGAAAGGCAGAUUGAAACGCUUAUCCAAAAGGAUGUUGGUCUUAAAGUCUAUGCCAAAGAACUUGAUAAUAAGAAAAAAAUGGCCUCACAUGUGGCUUUGUUGCCAGUAUACAUACCUAUGAACAUGAUGCUGAUGGAUUGCUCUGAGAUUAAUCAGCGGAUGAUUGAUCAUACCCGCCAGCUGACUAAUAUAAUAAUUAACAAAGUUGCAACUGCGUCUCAGAAGUUUAAUCGAAAAAUUUGCCAGCAGUAUGAUGGCAUCGUCACAAAAAUCACUGCUAUUGCUGCCUCAACGUCUACCCUUGUGGAGCUUCAAAAUUACGUAGACAAGCUAAGGACUGUGGAGCUUCUGGAGAUUAAGGAAAAACUGUCAGUAGCUGCAGAAAACCUGCUUUUCUUAAUGGACUAUGCAUCCUUAUCAAAGGAAGACAUUAUUCUAAACGGAAACACGUUUUCUUGGCCUGAGAGAAUCAUUCCCAUCAUUAGCAGCAGUGAGACACGAUUGCAGAGGGAGCAUGAUGGGGCUGUGGCAAAGCUUGCUGAAUGGCAAAAGGAUUUCACAAAGCACUUGUCUGAUGUGGUCAUUGAGGUGAAAGACUUUCAGAAGAAAGAGCGGAUGAGUGAAGCCAGUGCCUACGUACAGAAACUCAGCACCAUCAGCAGCAAAAUACAGGAGUUUAGGGAGGAGAAAGCUUUAAUUAACAAGGAGGAAGAACUUCUAGAAAUUGAACAAAUAAGCACAUUUGAUCAAAUAUCAGAGAUCUGUAAAUUAAAAGAGCCUUAUGAGAAACUAUGGACUACUGCUGUGCACUUCAAUGCUUGUUAUGACAAAUGGAUGAAUGGCCCGUUUCUACAGGUCAAUGCUGAAGAAGUGGAGGAGGAGGUACAGAAUUUAUGGAAGACUAGUUACAAACUGACAAAAGCAUUUUAUCACCCGAAGUUACAUGGACCUCUCAAAGUAGCUACUGCCAUAAAGACCAAGCUGGAGAAGUUUAAGAUCAACAUGCCUCUUGUAACAGCUUUGUGUACACCAGGGAUCAAGACAAGACACUGGAACCUAAUGAGCAAAAAGGUUGGGUUUAAUAUUAGCCCCCAUGAAGGCACCUCUUUAUUGGAUGUUCUGCAACUUGGCCUUGAAAAAUACCUUGAUGAUUUAAAUCAGAUCAGCUCACAAGCUAGCAAAGAAUAUGCUCUAGAGAAAGCCCUUAAUAAAAUGAGAGCAGAUUGGGAGGAUGUAUGCUUCAUUUUUUCAUCCUACAAGGAUGGAAAUUGUCACGUAUUAGCAGCUGUUGAUGAAAUUCAGGUUUUGCUGGAAAAUCACAGAGUGAAAACCACAGCCAUGAAAGCCUCUCUAUUUAUUGCACCAUUUGAAAGAGAAAUAUUAGCAUGGGAGUCUAAUCUGCGGCAUUUACAAGAGAUUCUGGAAUCCUGGCUUAGAGUUCAGAUGGCAUGGCUGUAUCUCGAACCAAUAUUUGGGUCAGAAGAUAUACGCAAUCAAAUACCAGUGGAAGGAAAAAAAUUUGAAAUUGUUGAUGCAACCUGGAGGCUAAUAAUGAGAGAGUCUGUGAAGGAGGCCAAUGCUAUGAGGGUUAUCUCACGGCCCCAGAUGCUGAAUAAGUUGAAGGAGGCAGAAUUGCUGUUGGAUGACAUUCAGAAAGGUCUGAAUGAUUAUCUGGAGAAGAAAAGGCUAUUCUUUCCAAGGUUUUUCUUCCUGUCCAAUGAUGAGCUGCUGGAAAUCCUCUCUGAGACACAAGAUCCACUCAGAGUCCAGCCACACCUUAAGAAAUGCUUUGAAGGCAUUGCAAAACUCACAUUUAAUAUGAAGAAAGAAAUUACUCACAUGGAGUCUGCAGAGAAUGAAAAAGUAGAGCUCGUGCUGAGAAUAAUUCCAGUGAAUGCCAAGGGGCUCGUUGAGAAAUGGCUUCACGAGGUGGAGACAGUCAUGAAGUUGUCUCUUCAUGAAGUUAUGAUUCGCUCAAUUAUGGCACAUGAUAAAUCUCCAAGAAAAGAAUGGGUUCUUCAGUGGCCAGGACAAGUCGUCUUAGCAUCAAGCAUGGUUCAUUGGACAAUGGAAGUCUCAAAGGCUAUUCUGAAAAAAGGGGGUCUGCAAAGCUGUCUGACAAAAUGCAGACAGCAAAUUGAAGAUAUUGUCAGUCUCGUGAGAGGAAGGUUAACAAAAAUGGAACGUAUUACUCUUGGUGCCCUGAUUACCAUCGAUGUCCAUGCUCGAGAUAUUGUGAACAAUCUGAACAAUUGUGGAAUUACUAGCAUCUCAGAUUUCAGCUGGAUUGCACAAAUGAGAUAUUAUUGGGAAGAGAACAAUGUUGUGGUGAGAAUGGUGACCACAAGCGUACCCUAUGGAUAUGAAUAUUUGGGCAACACUGGUAGACUUGUCCUGACACCACUUACAGAUCGAUGUUUCAGAACACUAAUGGGAGCUCUACAGCUAAACCUAGGAGGGGCACCAGAAGGACCAGCAGGAACAGGCAAGACUGAGACCUGUAAAGACUUGGCUAGGGCAGUAGCUAAACAGUGUGUUGUUUUUAACUGCUCUGAUGGACUAGACUAUAAAGCCAUGGGGAAAUUCUUCAAAGGUCUGGCACAGUCUGGAGCUUGGGCAUGCUUUGAUGAAUUUAAUCGUAUUGAGCUGGAGGUACUUUCUGUAGUUGCCCAACAAAUUCAGACUAUCCAACGUGCCAUAUCAGACCAACUACAGACUUUUGUGUUUGAAGGAACUGAAAUAUGCUUAGACUCCUCAUGUACAGUUUUUAUUACUAUGAAUCCUGGCUAUGCGGGAAGAGCUGAGCUGCCGGACAACUUAAAAGUUUUAUUCCGGACUGUGGCUAUGAUGGUACCAGAUUAUGCUUUAAUUGCUGAGAUAUCUCUGUACUCGAUGGGGUUUGUUGCUGCUCGCAGUCUUGCUGCCAAAAUAGUAGCUACAUACAGAUUAUGCUCUGAGCAGCUGUCUUCACAGUAUCACUAUGACUAUGGCAUGAGGGCUGUUAAAUCAGUAUUAACAGCUGCUGGCAUCCUGAAGGUUAAAUUUCCAAAUGAAAAAGAGGAUGUGCUGAUGCUUCGAUCAAUAUAUGACGUUAAUCUGCCCAAGUUUUUGUCCCAUGACAUUCCGAUUUUUGAUAGCAUCAUUUCUGACCUCUUCCCAGGAGUUAUUUUGCCAACUCCUGACCAUGGCAGUCUAGAGAUGUCCAUCAGGGAAAUCACCAGGAAAAUGAAUCUACAGCCAGUCCCUUGCUUCAUCAAGAAGAUAAUACAAAUCUAUGAAAUAAUGUUGGUUCGACAUGGAUUUAUGUUGAUUGGAAGUCCACUGGGUGGAAAAACAUCUGCAAUCAAAGUUCUCGCUGGAGUUCUGAAAGACAUGGAAGCAAAGGGAUUGAUGGAUGAACAUGGAGUGGAUUAUAUUUUUAUAAAUCCAAAGGCCAUCACCAUAGGCCAACUCUAUGGCAGCUUUGAUCCAAUUUCACAUGAGUGGAUUGAUGGUGUUUUGGCCAAUGUAUUUCGAAGUCAUGCUACAUGCAGCAGAAAAAGUAGGAAAUGGUGCAUAUUUGAUGGGCCAAUAGAUGCGGUGUGGGUGGAAAAUAUGAACACUGUUUUAGAUGAUAACAAGAAGCUCUGCCUGAUGAGUGGAGAAAUAAUUCAAAUGAGUCCACAGCAGAACAUGAUUUUUGAGGUGCUAGAUCUUGAACAAGCUUCUCCAGCUACAGUGAGUAGAUGUGGCAUGAUUUAUAUGGAAGCAAAGGACUUAGGAUGGGAGCCACUCACGGAGUCUUGGCUGGCUGCAAAACUUCCGGCAAUGUUUACUGCUGCGGAACGCCACACUGUGCAGGUAAUGUGCAAGUGGCUGCUUCCAGAUUGCUUAGAUUUUGUGGAACGAAAUUGUCUUUUUGUGAUACAGACAUCUCCUAUGCAUCUUACCAUGUCAAUGCUGAAGAUUUAUGAAUGUUUACUGUCAAAUAUAAGUUCUGCAAAAUCUGGAACCGAAAAUGAAGACGAGGCCCUUGAUGUUUCAGAAGAUACAAGUUCCCAAACAUAUUCCACAACUAGUAAGAAAACCAAGGAUGAGAUCAGGAAUAUGAUUGUAGCUUAUGGUUUGUUUGCUAUUAUUUGGUCUGUUGGUGGAGUUCUGCAAUUUGAUUCAAAACUAAGAUUUAGCGAGUAUUUGAAAAAACUGUGUGACCAGGUUUACAACAAUCCAAAAUCAGGUCUUCAAAUCACAAAGUCUGUGCAGUUACCAAAGAGUGAAAGUGUCUUUGAUAUUGUCUGCAUUAAGAAGACAUUCUCAUGUUGGUGCACGUGGAAAGAUCUUGUUACUUCUAACAAAAUUGAGGAGCAAAUCAAGAUAGAUAGCAGUGACAUGCGCAUUACGCUUAAUGACAUUAUAGUGAGCACACCUGGGACUGCUAUGCAGAUGUACUUCCUGGAGACAUUGCUGCUGGAAGACAAGCCAUUACUUUUUGUUGGCCCCACAGGCACUGGAAAGACAGCUAUUACAAACAGUUUCCUGCGACACUUACCUCAAGAAAAAUAUGUUGUAUGUCAAAUUAACUUCUCAGUGCAAGCAUCAGCUAAUCAGACUCAAGACAACUUCCUAACAAAACUCGAAAGGAGAAAGAAGAGGGUGUACGGUGCUCCAUUGGGGAAACAAGCUUUUGUCUUUGUUGAUGACCUAAACAUGCCUGCCAAGGAGAAAUAUGGUGCCCAGCCUCCCAUUGAACUGCUUAGGCAAUGGAUUGACCAUGGCUACUGGUUUGACAGGAAAGACACAAGCAUGAUCAAAAUCAAGGACACAUCUAUUGUGCUAGCUAUGGCUCCUCCUGCUGGUGGAAGAAAUGCGGUUACCCCUCGCCUUCUUCGCCAUUUCAAUGUAUUCUCAAUAGAUGAUUUCAGUGAUGAAACUGUGAAAACUAUAUUUCAACCAGUCGUUGACUGGCAUUUCAACUGCGGCUUUGAUACAUCUCUGAAACGAUACUCCAGAAUACUUGUGUGGGCCACAAUGGAUCUGUACAGACAAGUGUCGCUAACAUUUCUUCCUAUGCCUUCAAAAUCUCACUAUGUAUUCAGUUUGAGGGAUUUCUCCCGAGUUAUGCAGGGAAUCAUACUUUUGAAACCCAGUCAAGUACACCAUAGUGCCGAAGGAGCUCAGAAAUUAAUGAGACUUUGGAUUCAUGAGGUCUAUAGAGUGUUCUGUGACAGGCUUGUCAGCAGUCAAGACCGAAAGAAGUUUUUCCAGAUAGUAAAGAAUGUUGUACAGUCCCACUUUAAAGAGAAAAUAUCCAGCCUCUUCACUCACCUAGUGAUCGGGAGAGAGUUACGGGAUGAUGACAUGCGUAAUCUUUUUUUUGGAGAUUAUGCAAUUCCAAAAAAUUUACAGAAAUCUGAAAAGCUUUAUAAUGAAAUCAUGGAUAUCGAUGAGCUGAAAAUUUGUAUGCAGCGCUGUUUGCUCAAGUACAAUGCAAACAGCAAGACUCCAAUGAAUCUAGUAAUGUUUCACUUUGCCAUAGAACACAUUUCUAGAAUAAGCAGGAUUCUUAUACUGCCAUGUGGCCAUGCUCUACUGAUUGGAAUAGGAGGGACCGGCAGACAAUCUGCAACAAAACUUGCUGCAUUCAUGGCAGAUAUUGAACUCUAUCAAGUUAGUAUUCAGAAAUCAUACACAGUUAGUGAUUGGAGAGAUGAUCUGAAAAAGGUGCUGAGAGCUACUGGACAGAAUGGGUCUCCGGCUGUGUUUCUGUUUGCUGAUCAUCAAAUCAAGGAUGAGUCAUUUCUGGAAGACAUCAACAUGAUCCUGAGCACUGGUGAUGUUCCUACCCUGUUUAAUAAUGAAGAAAAACUGGAAGUCAUGGAAAAGAUGCUUCAGCUUUUGCCAGGUAAUGAAGUACAGACUGAAACUACACCAUCAGACUUGUACAGUAAAUUCAAGGAUCGAAUCAGAAGAAACCUACACAUCGUACUAGCAUUCAGUCCAACUGGAGAAGCCUUCCGUGACCAACUUCGUCACUACUCCUCCCUGGUGAACUGCUGUACCAUUGAUUGGUUUCAGGCAUGGCCUGAAGAUGCUCUUGAGAAGGUGGCAAAUCAUUUUCUUGAUGAUGUGGAAAUGUCACAGGAAAUCAGAAAUGAAGCUGUGUUCAUGUGUCAGCACUUCCAUCAAAGUGUUGUAGCACUCUCUGAAAGGUUUUUCCAAACACUGCAGAGACAGAUCUAUGUCACGUCAACAUCCUACCUUGAAUUAAUCAAGACCUUUAAGAAUCUUUUAGAACGUAAAAGACUAGAGUUGUUAACGAGCAAGAACAGAUACCUUCUUGGCAUUGAAAAGCUGGAUUUUGCUUCCUCACAAAUAGCAAUCAUGCAACAAGAGUUGACAGAGCUAAAGCCUAUGCUGAUUGAACGAAGCAGCGAAACGGUAGAGUUGGUAAACAUUAUUGCAGAUGAGACAUUGGAGGUGGAAGCAGUUAAAAGUUUAGUUGAAGCAGAUGAGGCAACAGCUAACAAGGCUGCUCUGGAAGCCAAAGCCAUUAAGGAAGAAUGUGAGCAGGAGCUAAGUGUUGCAAUACCUGCCCUCAAUGCUGCUAUUGCAGCCCUGGAUACACUGAAAGCCAGUGACAUAACUCUUCUGAAAACUAUGCAGAACCCACCCUCCGGAGUACGCCUCACUUUGGCUGCUGUGUGCAUUCUAAAGGGGAUUAAACCUGAAAAAAAGGGGGAUCAGAAUGCAAAGAAUAUUGAUGACUUCUGGACUGCUUCAAAAAAGAUGCUCGGAGAUAUGAAGUUUUUGGACUCACUAAAGGAAUUUGAUAAAGACAAUAUUCCAUCAAAGGUUAUUGCCCAGAUAAGAAGAGAUUUUAUCAGCAAUACGGAGUUCCAGCCAGCUGUCAUUAAGAAUGUGUCUUCAGCCUGUGAAGGGCUUUGUAGCUGGGUCAGGGCCAUUGAAGUCUAUGACAAGGUUGCCAAGAUUGUAGCCCCAAAACGUCAGAGACUAGAUGCAGCAGAGGCUGAUUUGAAGAUUCACAUGGAGAAACUCAAAAUUAAGAGAGAGGAGCUGAAGGAAGUGACUGCCAAACUCAGGAUCCUUCAGGACCAGUUGUCUCAAAAACUAUCAGAGAAGAGAAUCCUGGAGGAAAAUAUUAAUUUGACAAAGUUGAAGCUGGAUCGAGCAGAAAAGCUAAUUAAUGGACUUGGUGGAGAAAAGCAGCGCUGGAGAAGCAUAGCCAUGCAACUGGGAGAUACUUACCAGAACAUUGUUGGAGAUAUGUUGCUAAGCGCUGGUAUCGUGGCCUAUUUAGGUUCAUUCACCUCAGAAUUUAGACAAGAAAUUUUAAAAGAAUGGUUCAAUAUAUGUAGAGACAAAAACAUUCCUGUGUCUGAUGGAUUUGCACUUUCGGGCACCUUAGGAGAUCAUGUAAAAAUAAUGGAAUGGCAAUUUCAUGGGCUGCCAAAAGAUAAUUUCUCCAUAGAAAAUGCUAUUAUUAUGACGUCAGCUCAGCGUUGGCCUCUUAUGAUUGACCCUCAAGGUCAAGCAAAUAAAUGGAUAAAAAACAUGGAAAAAAUAAACAAACUUCAGAUCUGUAAAGCUACUGACUCAGACUAUCUUCGAACAGUUGGAAACAGCAUACAGUUUGGGACGCCCGUCCUAAUAGAAAAUAUCACAGAAGAGCUUGAUCCAAUCUUGGAGCCUGUGCUGCUGAGAGAGACGUUUAAACAGAAUGGAGUGGAAUAUAUCCGGCUUGGGGAGGCUGUUAUUCAUUACAGCAGGGAUUUUAAGCUCUAUAUGACCACCCGCCUCCGAAAUCCUCAUUACCUUCCUGAAGUGUCUGUCAAAGUCACACUGAUCAAUUUCAUGAUCACACCGAUAGGUUUAGAGCAUCAAUUGUUAACAAUUCUUGCUGCAGAAGAAAAACCUGACUUAGAAGAAAGGAAGAAUCAGUUGUAUCUUGAAGGGGCGAAAACCAGAAAACAGUUGAAAGAGAUAGAAGAUCAGAUUUUGGAAGUAUUAUCUCUGUCACAAGGAAACAUCUUGGAGGACGAGCGAGCUAUUGACAUUCUUUCCUCAAGCAAGAAGUUGUCCCAGGAGAUCCAGGAGAAACAAGAAAUAACAGCUAAGACAGAGAAACAAAUUGAUGAGACUAGAGAUGGCUACAGACCUGUUGCAAACUACUCCAGCGUAAUUUUUUUUGUCAUCUCAGACCUGGCUUACAUUGAUUCGAUGUAUCAGUAUUCUUUGGCUUGGUUUAUUAACAUGUAUGUUAAUGCUAUUAAGAAAAGCGAAUCCUCUCAGAAGCUACAAGAACGGAUAACUAACCUCAAUGACUACUUCAUGAACAAUAUAUAUGAACGAGUUUGCCGCUCUCUCUUUGAAAAGCACAAGCUGCUUUUUUCAUUCCUGCUGUGUGUGGGGUUACAGAGGAACAGAGGUCUGGUCAAUAAGGAUGAAUGGCACUUUCUUCUGACUGGAGGUGUUGCACUGGAGGUCCCGCGACACAAUCCAGAUCCCACAUGGCUUAAGGAUAAAUCUUGGGGUGAAAUUAUUCGACUUUCCACUCUAACUCUCUUCAGUGGAUUAGACGACCAUUUCUGCUCAAAUCUGACAGAGUGGAAAAAUAUAUAUGAUUCUUCGCACCCUAACCAGAUGGAAUUACCGGACCCUUGGGAAGAUCUCUUGACGGCUUUUCAGAAACUGCUGGUUAUACGCUGCCUGCGACCCGACAAGGUCAUUCCUGCAGUCCAGCAAUUUGUAAUUGAAAAAAUGGGCCCAGCUUUCAUAGAUCCUCCAACAUUUGAUCUGCAGCACAGUUAUAUGGACUCCGCCUCUAGCACACCGCUGAUAUUUGUCUUAUCUUCUGGAGCGGAUCCUUUAGAAUUAUUGCUGCAGUUUGCGGAAGAACAAGAAAUGGGUGGUGCAAAUCUUCAAACAAUUUCACUUGGUCAAGGACAAGGACCUAUUGCUCGACAAAUGGUUGAGAAGGGAGCAGAGAGCGGUACAUGGGUUGUUCUCCAAAACUGCCAUUUAGCUACUAGUUGGUUCUCAGAGCUCGAACAAAUCUGUGAAGAAGUCAUUACAGAUCCAGAAAAGACAAAAUCUGGCUUUCGCUUAUGGCUGACCAGUUAUCCCACACACAACUUUCCUGUGUCAGUCCUGCAGAAUGGAAUAAAAAUGACCAAUGAACCACCAAAGGGAUUAAGGGCAAAUUUGCUAAAGUCGUACCUCAGCGAUCCAAUUGGCAAUCCAGCUUUCUUUAAUGGCUGUAACAAACCACAGGUAUGGAAAAAGCUGUUAUUUGGACUGUGCUUUUUCCACACACUUGUGCAGGAGAGGCGCACAUAUGGAUCACUUGGUUGGAACAUACCCUAUGAAUUCAAUGACUCGGAUCUAAAAAUCAGUGCUAAACAACUCCAGUGGUUCAUCAAUGAUUACAAAGAAACUCCUUUUGAUGCCGUCAUUUAUCUUACUGGGGAAUGCAACUAUGGAGGGAGAGUAACAGAUGAUCACGACAGGCGUCUUCUUAUGAGCUUGCUGGACACAUUCCUUUGUGUCUCUGUAAUUACUGAAGACCAUUACACAUUUUCUCCCAGUGGAAAAUAUUUUGCUCCGAAAAAUGGUACCCAUGACAGUUACAUGGAAUACAUAAAAAGCCUUCCCCUCAACGCUGAGCCAGAGGUAUUUGGACUCCAUGUGAAUGCAAAUAUCACCAGAGAACAGAAAGAGACUGAAGAAUUAUUUGAUGGAAUACUAACAACUUUACCUAAACAGACAAGUAGAGGUGGAAAAUCAACAUCUGAAGUUGUACACGAACUUAUUGUUGACAUUUUGUCAAAAAUACCAGAGGAUUUUAACAUGGAAGAAGUCAAGAAGCUAUAUCCCACUCAGUACACAGAAUCUAUGAACACAGUGCUUGUUCAUGAGCUAUUGAGAUAUAACAGCUUGACCUCUACCAUUCGAAUGAGCUUGCAAGAUUUAAACAAAGCCAUUUCUGGUCUAUCUGUGAUGUCAAAUGAACUUGAUGAUUUGUUCAAUAGCAUGAUUGUUGGUAAAGUUCCUUCAGUGUGGGCAGCCAGAUCAUAUCCGUCACUGAAGCCUCUAGGUGGCUAUAUUACAGAUCUCUUACAAAGACUGAGCUUCUUCAAGGAAUGGAUUGAAAAGGGAACACCAAAAGUUUUCUGGAUAUCAGGUUUUUACUUUACCCAGUCUUUUCUGACUGGAGCAUUGCAAAACCAUGCUAGGAAGUACAAGACUUCGAUAGAUUUACUGGGACUGCAGUGUCAGAUAACUGACCAUGAUUGUGUGACUGACAUUGACAUAUAUCCGGCUGAUGGCAUAUAUAUCAAUGGCCCUUACAUGGAAGGAGCAAGAUGGGACCGCAACAGGCAUGUGAUUGCUGAAUCUUUCCCCAAAGUUUUGUAUGAAAGCAUGCCUAUUAUAUGGCUUCUUCCUGGAGAAAAAAUAGCUGAAAUAGAUUCAGUUUAUCAAUGCCCAGUUUACAAGACAAGUGCUCGACGCGGGGAGCUUUCCACAACAGGACACUCUACCAACUACGUUCUCACCAUGAACCUUGCAACAGACAAACCUGCAAAUCACUGGGUGAACAGAGGGGUGGCUUGCCUCUGUCAGCUGGACUAUUAGUCUGCUCCAGAAAUACGGAAAUAUGUGCAGACAUAUUUAGAGAUGAGUCAGUUUCUUCUUAUUAGAAAUGGCCGGUUUGGUUUUGAUGGCCAACUUAGCACAAGUUUGGAUCUGAAAACGUCACCUUAUUGGCUAUCAGGCUAUACAGCAGGCAUUCCCAACC